AUGUAUACAGUAAGUAAUAAAAGAAAUUACAAUUUGAACAAUACUACAGUAUAUAGUCAGGAUCUAUCCACAACCAACCAGACGAUUUAUCAUAUCAGAGCAAGACACCAAUGGAAAACCCUACCUAUGGCUACCAUUUGGAUAGAUAAACGUCAAGUACAAGCACUUUUGGACAGUGGUAGUGAAAUUAAUUUGAUACAAGAGGAUGUAGCCAAGAUGUUGGAGCACCAGAAGAAUGUAUCAAGAAUUAACAACAACAACCCAGUUAAGAUCGAGUGUGGAGGAAAAAUUAGUAUGAGUGAAUAUCUAUUAUUAGGAUCAUGUUUUAAACUAAAGGAAAGAUCGUAUACAGCUUCGUUCCAUGUAGUCAAUAUUUCAACCAAUGUACCAAAAAUGAUAUUAGGUAUACCAUGGUUACGUGAACAUGGAAUUAUUCUAAAUUUCGAACAAAAUGCCUACAGUAUUAUGGAUCAGGGAGGGAAGAUCAUAGACCAGGUAAAUAAUGAUACCGGCUAUAAGUCAAACUUUCAACAGGUAACAGAUAACUCAUCAUAUUUAACUCAAGAACAUGCAAACUCUAACCUAGAGGACGAAGGACACGACAAAGUAGACAAUUCGGAAAUAACACUGCCACCUGAAUUAUCAGAUCUAGCUAUUUACUUUGCUAAACCAGACUAUAAAAGGAAAAUUAAAGGAAUCCGACUUUAA